ACACAAGUAGAUCAGUAUUCAAGAAAUCAGCACCGUGUGGAGAAAGAAGACACUGUGAUUGGAAAAAUGAGGAGUCUCUCAGUUCUCUUACUUGGGUUUACAUUGUCUGCUUUUGCUGCUCCAGUUGACCAAGGAAACAAAGAUGAAGAUUUGAAUUUAGUUAAGAACUAUUUAAGUCAGUUCUACAACUAUGAAAAUGUAGGACAGCUCUAUAUUAAUGAGACCGUUGCUACAACUGAAAAACUAAAGGAAAUGCAGAGGUUUUUUGGGCUGGAAGUGACUGGAAAACCAGAUCUUGAAACACUGGCUGUGAUGAAGAAGGCCAGAUGUGGUGUACCUGAUACAGGAGAUUUUGUCCUCACUGAUGGGAAUCCAAAAUGGGAGACAACUACUCUCACAUACAGGAUUGUGAAUUACACACCAGACAUGCAUCCAUCGGAUGUGGACAGAGCAAUCCAGAAGGCCCUUGAAGUAUGGAGCAACGUGUCUCCUCUUACUUUCACAAGGCUCUACGAUGGCUUAGCAGAUAUAAUGAUCUCUUUUCAUUCAGGAGAACACGGUGAUAACUCUCCUUUUGAUGGGCAUGAUGGGAUCUUGGCACAUGCCUUCCAGCCAGGGAGGAAUAUUGGUGGAGAUGCUCACUUUGAUGAGGAUGAACAAUGGACAAAACAAGGCUCCAGAGGCCGCAACCUGUUUCUUGUUGCUGCUCAUGAGUUCGGACAUUCCUUGGGUUUGUCCCACUCCACGGAUCCCGGAGCGUUGAUGUAUCCCACCUACUCUUACACGGAACCUAAUUUAUUUCGGCUUCCUCAGGAUGACAUUGAUGGCAUUCAAACCGUUUAUGGGAAAUUGGAUAGUCCGGUACAACCAACUGGACCAACCACACCAAAAGCUUGUGACCCCAGGACCACUUUUGAUGCUAUUGCCACUUUCCGUGGAGAAAUGAUGUUCUUUAAGGGCAGGCACUUCUGGCGUAGACACCCUCAGUUGGUAGAUGUGGAACUCUUUUUCAUUUCCCUCUUCUGGCCAAAUCUACCAUCUAGCAUCGAUGCUGGCUACGAAAAUUUUCAAAAAGACACAGUCGUUCUCUUUAAAGGAAAACAAUAUUGGGUUCUAGAUGGAUACGAUGUCCUGUCUGGCUACCCUAGGAGCAUUUACGAGCUGGGCUUUCCCAAAAAUGUGAAGAAAAUUGAUGCUGCAUUUAGUGAUCAACAAACAGGGAAAACAUAUUUAUUUUCUGGUUUCAAGUAUUGGAGAUAUGAUGAAAUCACACAAUCCAUGGAGCAAGGCUAUCCCAGAAAGAUACUCAAAGAUUUUCAAGGAGUUGGCCGUGACUUAGAUGCUGUUUUACAGCAGGAUGGAUACAUCCAUUUCUUCAAGGGAACACAAGUGUUCAAGUAUGACCCCAACAGUAAACGAGUGGUGUCUGUUCAACAGAGCAACAGCUGGCUGAAUUGUUAAAACGUUUAAUCGGCUGCGACUUGCUUAUGAGUUUAUACUACAUUUUUGCCUAAUCCUGUUGCACAGCCUGCAAUACAUCAUUCACCAAGUUUGGGUGAAAAUUCAUAAAUGACAAACGGUGCUGUUUUCUAAUCUAGACAUGUAGCUAAAUAACUCGAACAUGCUCCAACCUGCUGGUAUAAUCCCUUGGGCUGUAACAGCUAUGACUCUGCCUCUUCCAUAAAGUAUAUUUUACAGGUGA